CUCUCAUAAAGGCUGGUGCAGUUGGAGUCAGAUGUGUUUUGCAUGGACAUUUUAACACAUUUAUCUGCAACAGAGAUGAGCCGCUUCUGCUCAGACAACAACAACUUUCCCUACGACAACAAUGUCCUGGUCCUGGACAUGGUGCUGGGGUCCCUGUGGGGCGUUCCUCAGCCCAUCAACUGGGACAACGUAGCCAAGCUGGUGCCGGGCUUCACUCCGAAGGAGUGCGCCCGUCGGUUCGAGGAGCUGAAGGGCUCCGGGGGGUUUCCUCACGUGGACAACCAAUGCAACGCCCUGACAGAAGAAGGCAGCUGCCGGUCGGACGGCCUGUCCACCCUGAUGGAAACUGGAGAGGCGGCGGAGAGGGGCGGCAGCCAGAGCAGCAGCAAAAACACAGCAGCCUCCAAGUCGAGCGCCGCAGGGAGGGGGGGCGCCGCCGAGAAGAAAGAGAAGCGAGUAUCGUCUGAGGAGGACGACAAACCCCAGAAGCCCCGGGACCCCAACAUGGUCAUCCACGUGUGCGACGAGACCAAGAACCUGAAGCAGGACUUCACGUGUCCCAGAGACCUCCUGGUCAAAGAGAUGCGCUACUUCGCCGAGUACUUGUCCGUGGACCCGCAGAGGUGGGAGGAGGUGGACAUAUCGGUGCACUGCGACGUGCAGAUCUUCGACUGGCUCAUGAAUUACGUGAGGAGGAACUCCGCCGGGGAGGGGAACAAGGACAAACCCCGGCUUGAGCCCAGCAAUGUGAUCUCAAUCCUGAUCUCCUCCGAGUUCCUGAAGAUGGACACGUUAGUGGACGAGUGCAUCCAGUACUGCCACAAGCACAUGAGCGCCAUCGUGGCCACGCCGUGCAACAUGAACUGCAUCAACAGCAACCUGGCCACGCGCAUCGCCGAGCUCUUCACUCACAACGAGGCCGACGACAUCCGGGACAAGAAAGACAAGUUCAAGAGUAAACUGUUCCAGAAGAAAAUCGAGCGUCUCUUCGAUCCAAACCACCGCAGCAGAGAUUCUCCGGGAAACGCCUCGACUCUGUACAGGUGUGGCCUGUGCCUCAAGCUGCUGACCAAAGACACGGAGAGGAAGAUUUCCUGUGUCCCGGGGAAAAUCAACAUCGACGCUCGUGGAGAGAUCGUCUACACUCACACAAGACAGAAGAGCUGGGACGUGCACGAGUACAUCACGAGUCUUCACGACGAGCUCAAGUCCUGGGUCCUGGUUUACUGGAGGAUCUGGGGAACCAUCAACCACCUGACCUGCUCCCGAUGUCAGCAGGUGUUUGUGUGUGCAGAGCUGACCCGCUGCCAGUACCACCCCGACAGCGUGCUGUACCCCGGCAUGGGCGCAGAGAGAGGCUGGCACGGCGCCGGAAUCUACCCCUGCUGCAACCAGAGGGUGCUCCGCUUCGACCCCACCGGCAUGCCCAAGGGCUGUAAGAUGCGGGACCACAUCGUGAGCGUCCCCGAUGAGGAGAACUGUGACGAGGAGACGUCGGCCCGAACCCGAAUCCUCAACGACCUGCUGCUGCACAGAGACGCCGUGUGUCUGUCCAACACGCCGCCUGCAGAGAGUGAGCAGAGCCCGUCCAGCUCAGAGAAGCUGCAGGACUGUGACGUCCUGCUGGAGCCGACCCUCCUCGGCCCGCUGAGGCCGGACGGCUGCACCUUCUCCUUCCUGAAGAACUGGAGUCUCCAGCUGAGGCAGCAGUCUCUCCUGUCAGAGGACGAGGAGUACACCACGGGGUCAGAGGUCACCGAGGACGAGGUGGGCGACGAAGAGGAGCAGUCCAAGAAACAAGCUGCGAAGAAAGCCAAGAAGUCCCACCGACCCCUGAAGAAACAGAUGUCCUCUCCCAACUUCCAGCGGAAGGAGAAAGUGGACAAAACUCAGACGAGGGACAGCACUCCCUUCACCGUCAGCAUCCAGAAGAGUAAGUGGGACAGCUCGCGGUCGCUACGCUACAAUCAGGACGCUCAGAGAGAGGAAGACCAGCGCCGCAUGGUGGAGAUCAUCGGCCACCUGACCAAGAUGAGGUUCGGAGAGCAGGAGCAGAGCCGGUCCAAAGACACCAAGGAGCCUGUAGGUGGAAUCUACUCCAGACUGGAAGCUCAGUUCAAGAGCUCGUCUCAAACCCGACAGACUGCAGAGAAAACACCCAGAUCUAAAGUCCGCUACGCUCAGAUCAGAACCACGUAGAGCUUGAGAUGUGAAGUGAAGAUCUUCGUUCUGCAGAGAGGAGGAACUCCGUCAGCAGCAUGCCUCUUGCUGCCCUCCUCCUCCUCCUCCUCCUCCUCCUCUUCCUCCUCCUCCUCCUCCUCUUCCUCCUCCUCCUCCUCCUCCUCCGCUCCACUCAGGUGACCAUGUCCGAUCACCGUCAGCUGCUUCCUCCGUCUCUCAGCUCGCCGUGGAGACUUCUGGGAGUUUCUCCUCAGGACGAUGUGAGAAGUCCAGCUCAUCUCUGCCGGGUGUGAAGAGGGUCGGACGACAGAUGGACAGAAAAACUCCAUGAUUUAUCACUAAAAGAACAAAACAAAAGAAGCCAGCUUGAAAUCCAAACAAAUGUGAAGUAAAUUAUUACUGAAAAACACAGAAACAUCCUGGAAACAGAAUAAAACUGAAGUAUGAGAAGAAAGAUUGCAUGAACGAAAGAAAGUGAAUAAAUUUAUGAGUAAAACUAUGAGAAAUUAAAGAAAAAAUAACCUUAAAACGUGAUUUAAAAAAAUCUACAUGUUUUAAAGUUAUAAUUUUGAGUUGAUUCAGUUGGCUUGAGGCAAAAAUAAGUCUGAGUUACAUUUAAAAUAAUAAUAAGGAUAAAAUACUGAAAUAUUACCUGGAAAUCUGGUUCAGGAGGUUAAUUAGAAAAAAACUGAGUGUGAAAAACUUAAAACUGAUUUUAUGAUUGUAAAAUCAACCUUUUGGAUUAAAGCUAGAAAACAAAAGUCUUUAAGAAGUAUUGUGAUAAAUUUCAACAUUGGAAUUGACAGUUUCAGUAGUAACAAAAGUAGAUUCGAAAAAUGAGUAAUAUUUCAAAGAAAACAUGAAGUCAUGUAUCAAUCAAUAAAUCCAAGCUUUAGACUCAAUUUGAGAUUAAAAAUUAAAUGUGACCUGAACGUAUUUCAUGAGAAACUGGAUCAAUAUGCAGUAUUUUAAAUGAGCAAACAGUAGAAGUCUCAGUAAGAUUCUCUCUCAGUACAAUGAGGGAAAAAUAAAAUGAAACAAGUGGAAAAAAUUAAAUAUUCAAAAUAUUUCAAAAAUGCCAAAAUUCCAGAUAAGAGCGAGAAAAUAGAAGAUCCAGUGUUUAAAAAGACUGAUGGACCUGAACGAGCUGCGUCACGACACAGAGAAUGAAAA